UCUGUCUCUGUCUCUCUUUCUUUCUCUGCCAACCCAACCAAAAAAGAGACGAUAUUUUUCAUGUCUUCCUCAGCUGGCCUGCUCAUUUCUUAAAACUACUAAGAAAAAAGGGACAGGAGUUGAAAAGCAAGAGAAAAGAAAGCUAUGAAAUGGGUAGUACAACGUUAACAACUCCGUUCAAAGAUCAAACUCACUACUCCCUUGCCAAGAAGCUCUUACCUUGGACUAUCUAUGCCUUCUUCCCAAUAGUUAUCUUUCGCCUUUACUUUUACCCUCUUCAACUCCCUCAAUCUUCAAGAGAUCAGUUUCCCAAUACCACCCCCAUAAUCAUCACAUCCUCUUCUACUCUUUCUCUUGCUCCACCUCCUCGCUUUUCUCCUCCUCCUCAAUUGUCUUCUCAUAAAGCAGAAGAGGAAAGAGCUGAUGAGACUCCAUGUGACUACACUUCAGGCAAAUGGGUCUCUGACAAGUUGGGAGCUCUAUACAAUGGUACAACAUGUGGUACCAUAAAAGAUGGCCAGAAUUGUAUCAAUCAUGGCAGGCCGGACUUUGACUACCUCUAUUGGAAGUGGAAACCCAAGCAAUGUGAACUACCAAGGUUUGAACCAAACACUUUUCUUCAACUCAUUAGGAACAAGCAUAUUGCAUUUGUGGGUGAUUCCAUGGCUAGGAACCAAUUAGAGUCCCUUCUUUGCAUGUUAUCCACUGCCUCUGUGCCUGAACUUGUUUACAAGGAUGGGGAGGAGAACAAGUUUCGUAGGUGGUAUUUUCCUUCUCACAAUGCUAAUGUCUCAGUGUAUUGGUCACCAUUUCUAGUUAAGGGUAUUGAAAAGUCACAAUUGGGGCCUGAUUAUAACAAGUUGUAUUUAGAUCAUGUUGAUGAAAGGUGGGCAGGUGAUUUGGAUCAUAUAAACAUGAUUGUAUUGUCAAUUGGUCAUUGGUUUCUACACCCAGCGGUGUACUAUGAGGGUGAUUUAGUGUUAGGCUGUCAUUACUGUCCUGGUCUCAAUCUCACUGAGAUUGGAUUUUAUGAUGUUUUAAGAAAGGCUCUUAGAACUACCCUUAAGACCAUAAUUGAAAGGAGAGGGUCUAAUGGUAAUGCAAUUGAUGUAGUUGUGACUACAUUUUCGCCUUCACACUUUGAAGGCGAUUGGGAUAAGGCCGGGGCUUGUCCAAAGAAAAAGCCUUAUAAUGAGAGUGAGAAGCAGCUUGAAGGAAUGGAUGCUGAAAUGAGAAAAAUUGAGGUAGAAGAAGUGAAUGCAACAAAGGACAAUGCUAAGCAAUUUGCAAAAUUUAGACUUGAGGCAUUAGAUGUGACCAAAUUAUCAUUGAUGAGGCCAGAUGGGCACCCGGGGCCAUAUAUGCAUCCUUUUCCAUUUGCUAAUGGGGUUACGGAUCGAGUGCAGAAUGAUUGUGUGCAUUGGUGCUUGCCUGGGCCUAUUGACACAUGGAAUGAAAUUUUGCUACAAGUAGUGAAGAAAUGGGAGGGUCCAUCAGAGAGAGGUGGAUGAGUUGUAUAUCAAAUUGGGUGGUGGUUGUUGCUCUGGAAGAGAUCUGAAAGAAGAAUAGAGAAAUAAUUUAUUGGUUUUGUUACUUCUGGUAAAAAGAUAGAAAAUGGGAAGACUAGGAGAGAGAAUUGGUGAGGUGAAUUGAGAAGAAGAUACAUGUAAUGGUGUCAAAGGAAAACGAUUUUUUUGGAAGAUAGUUAAUUUUUGUACAAAUGUUUUAAAUGCAAAGUUGUAGAGGAAUUUUUAAAGACAAUUGGAUGUUCUAUUGUUUUUAUAUGGAUCCAUAAUGUAAAGUUUGGCCACAAUCCCCAGCAACAUGCUAGCCUUGCACCCUUCAAUUUUAUUUUCCAAGGAGUUCGUUUUGUAUGUAAAGUUUCUAUCUUGUCUCUCAACUUUUUAUCGUUUUGUUAGCUGCUAGGCUGUUGAAUCAUAAAAGCCUCAGAUCCUCUAUUUCAUUUGGAUA